AUGCUUAAAGGCACAUAAAUUCGAUGUUGUGCAGAUUUUUUCAUGCUUUUUCCUUUCUUUUUCGUCUAUCAACGGCCUUUAAGAUUGGACAGUGCUUCGAUCGAAUUGUUGGCAAAAAUGAAGCUAUUAGCAUAAAUUGGUAGUAAUCUGGCUAACUCAGUGGCAUGGAGCUCAUAAGUCUGGUAAAAUAAAACGUGUUGUUUGGUGUUAAUUCUAUGACAAUUUGAAGAACAAAACAAAAACCAAAUUCAAAUAAGGAUGCAUGACGUUUCUAUGUUAAAUACGACCGAAUCUGAAAAUUCAAAUGCUACUAUUGAUAAAUCUAGGCACAACAAGAAUGAAUCUACAGAAGAAUCUGUGGAGAAUGCCCGCAAUGAACCCGACUCUCCGGCGAAGCAGAAACUGCGCAGCUGGCUCAACAAGAACCUGAAGAUCGAGAUGACGGAUGGACGAGUGUUGAUUGGAGUUUUCCUUUGCACGGACAGAGAUGGGAACGUGAUACUGGGGUCGUGCUGCGAAUAUCUGAAGCUAGAUGGCGCAGGUGCAGCAGAGGAACCCCGGGUGCUGGGACUGGUGAUGGUGCCCGGGAGACACAUCGUCUCUGUGUUCCUCGACGACACGACUAGCACCAGCUCCGACGCCCAGUAGACGUGCUAGUAUACACGUGGACUUCAUCCCCUGCAUGCCUAUCCUGACCCGACACCAUCAUCACUCAGGUUGAUUCUCAUCACAGCUCUGGAAUUUUUUCUAGCAGAAAACAUGUUGGAUGUCAUAGUGAAGCUAUGGCUUUUCUCAGGGUACUGUUACUUUCCCCACCAACACAUCCCGUUGCUGUUCGAGCACACUGCUUUACUCCUUACCCAUAUAGCCAAAUGUUUUUAUGAUAAUAAUCACCCUUAUUGUAAUCUUUAAGUCCCAUGGUUUUAAUUUUUUUUCUGUCUGAACUAUACAGCAUAAAUCUUUCUUUUUGGUUUAGUUUUGUUUUCCAUGAAGUGGACAUUAAUCUGCUGUGGUUUCUCGCUCUUUUGUGGUUGGACCGAGGGCCGUGUGCCCACCAGCCACAAGUCCUCAAACCAAUCACAAGAUGAGCAUUUCUUUGCAGCAACCUAUGGCUAGCUGUGCUUAAUGUAGUACAAAAAAAUCCACGUAUUAAAAGUUUUGAAAUGAUAGCAAGUUAGUCAUUUAAUAGUUUCAACAUAAAAUUAAAAAAAACAAAACAAAUGUGAGUUUGAGAAUGCCAUUACACAUUCUUAUAAAGGUUACAUGUAUAUACGCAGCAGCAAGAAGCAUUAGGUUCUAGUGACAUAUAUGCAUCAUCAUCAUCAUCAUCUUGUUGUAAAUAUGUUAUUCGACAUUCUCAAAGUGGUGAAUUCUGGUUACCACUAUUGAGACACACGACACAACCAAUGCAAGCACUGUUUAGAGCUGCACACCCUGCUGACAGUUCCCAUUGCCGUGGUCGUCUCUGGUGAGUGAGAUGAGUCAUGCUGACUGAUGGCACGUAGCCACUGGUUGGCACUGCUCUGGCAUGACUGCCAACUUCAGCCUUCUCUGGAGGCUGUGCAGCAAGUCGCAACACACAGUGGUUUUCCCACGCUCCUCUCGUGUGCAAGUUGAGAUCUCUUCUAUCUGCCUCACGAGCAGCAGCUGGUAGUUCAGUUUCUUCAGAAUCAAAUGAAGCUUUACAUAGCAUAUUGACAGCUUGGUGAGGUCUUCAGCUGGAAUCAAACAAAAAGAAAAAUAUAUCAUUCAAUGCUUACUGCCACAAACUUAACACUAUUCUAAUUAGUUUUGUUUCCAUGUUUUUACCAAUAUUUUGAGACUUAAACACAGAAUUUUGACUCUGUUGUACAGCCACAUGUAGCUAUCAUUGUAUGCAAUAGCUGUUGGUGCUAACUCCCAGGUCAUACGAGACAACCUAGCAAUGAGGGAGGGGCUACAUUCUGAUUGUGAUGCCAGUCAUUAGCAAGAGCAAACGUCAACUCGGCAACCUUCUGAAUGCUGGUGAUCAAGGAUGACAUUUGUUAAUUCACAUGUACAGUGAAAGAUUUUCUAUCUGGCCUAUGUUGAAGCACAUUCUGUACUCCGGCAGCAAACUCUGCUCUUAUGUACCUUCAAAAGUGUAGGGCUGAAGUGAGAAAACCAUAGUACAUUUUACUAAACUGCAUUGAUUAAAUCAAGGAUACUGCCUAAAAAUAAGCACCAAAACUCAAACCUUGUAAUUUUUAAUUGUUUCACAGUAUGAUAGUGCAGGUAAAAAAUCAAAAAUUCUAAAUGGCAGUUUAUAAACUAUACAAUAUGCAAAAAUACAAUGUCAAGAUUUAGCAACUUUAAAAGAGUUCUGAAAACGUUUAAAAUGCAAUCAUUAUGAAUAAAAUAUACGUACUAUGUGGCUA